AUGGAUGGGGCUAUGGGGGCGACCAUAGCAGGAAGGCGAUGGAUGGCUUUGGACCUGCCCAGAGUGCCCGUUUCUAAGGGGUUUGUACGAAGCAUGAGUGAUGCAGUUCGUUACGCAAGAAUUUUAGUCGCUGAAGCCCAACUCGUGCACGCUCACGCGACUGCUGAAGAUGAUGACGACUCGAUCUUGAUGGUACCCCAAUCUUUGCUUGAUUCAGCCCAAGCUGCGUAUAACGGUCUUGGGCCAGAUGUCAAUGUUACUCCAGUCCCUCAAGCAGAUAUCGCUGUUUUGCCAGCUACGCGACAUGAGACAAUGUACGAGAUUCUCACCGGCGGCUGUCUCAGGUGUUUCCACAUGCUUCAUAUGACAGGAACUACCACAAUCGGUGAAUAUGACCGUUCAUGGUUUAAUUACUUCAACGUUAUUCCUAAUGAAUAG